CAUAGCCCCAUGCAUCGUUUGUUCACAGAUGUGGUCAAGAGCUACUUUACGGUCAAUUAACACUACGUAUACUUAGUACGUACGAUGAUAGCACGGAGUUCCUCAUUCUCCUUCGUCGCAUGGAAGCAAUGCAAGAUAAUUUAUAUGCAAACGGCUGUGUAUCAACUGAUGAUUAUGAAACAAAGCUAAGACAAGAGCUCGUUUCUCGAGCAGGCAACCAAGAAAGAGAAAAACGAUUGCUAUGCUAUAGGGUAGCCAGGUGCUCGCGCUUGAUCGCGGCUAAUUUGACAAGCGCGUCUACUGCGCAAAGUGACUGGAGGGCGCCACUCAAAAAUUUGAGAGAAGUGCACAUCAGAAUCCACAUGCCUCAAGACGUGACCUCACGCUCAUAUCAUCCACGACUUUACUCAAUUUAAAGCACUCUUUCUCAAAGCGCAUCUCAAUUUCUCACAAUGCCUGGACGGACCACGAAGGAAGAUACGCCACAGGACGCCCAAAUGGAGGACGCGCCUACAUCUGCUCAGGUUGGCGAAGCGCAGGUCGAGGAUGAGAUCGAGGAGGAUCAGGAGGAAGAAGUCGAACCGCAAAGAGUUCGCAUCCUUCCCGGCUCGACAGACACUGCCGCCUCAUUCGAGUUCAUUGACGAAGGUCACACUCUAGGCAAUGCUUUGCGCUAUGUAAUCAUGAAGAACCCCGACGUCGAGUUCUGCGCAUACUCUAUCCCGCAUCCUUCAGAACCUAAGAUGAACAUUCGCAUCCAGACUUACGAUGGCCAUGCGGUCGACGCGCUGAAGAAGGGGCUUGCUGACCUGCAAGAUGUGUGUGAUGUCGUAGCUGAGAAGUUCUGGACAAAACGGGAAGAGUACAAUGCUGAGCAUGGGAUCGCCCGGUAGUCAAAGUACAAGCAC